AUGACGUCUGUAGCCUCGUUGCCAGAACAGUCCCCAGGCUGCCGCUGCCGUUCAUUGACAGGAGCGGGCGCUCGGACGUCAGCAGCCGGACCUUUGGCAAGGCUGCUCCCGCGGAGACGGUUCCCACCCCCGCACCUGCCAGCCCGCCCCCCGGGGGGGUGGUCACGAAAUCAAAGCCUCCAGAGGAGGGCCGGGCCGGGGAGGUGCUGGGACUGGGGGAGGGGGGUGACUCGAAUCUGCCCUCUUUGUCCUGGAGCACCGGAGUAUAUAAAUAGUGCAGCCUCCAACCAGACUCUCUCCCACUAUUGCACGCCCCCGCAGUACCCCCCAUCCGACCCCCGCCCCUUGUCACUACGCGUCGGGCUCGCUCUGCCAGGAGGGAGGCUGGGAUGCGGGGAAGCAAGGAGCGCGAACAGACAUUGGUUCUCUUUCCUCUUCCCAUUCAUAGAUUUCGGUUGGAGUCCUAGGGCCGCCGCGCCUGGAGUCGCAAUGAAUGGAUGGAUGCCCGCGCGCUGGGACCACCAGGUCCGCAGAGACGUCGCCGGCGCUAGGGGCGCUCCUCCCGACUGGGGACAGGCGCCCUCGCCUUGGCGCAGUUGUGGGGAACCCCAAACUACCCUUAAGAGGCCAAAGGCCUGCUCUCCCCCUUCUUCCCAACACACACCAGGGUUCUUUUCUGCCCCUGAGAAGUUGGGACGCAAAACGUAG